AUGGCGUCUACAGCUGUCGUAAACUGUUCUGGCUUGCAGGUUGAAGAUAACUGCUUGUUUCUACGACCAGUUUUGUUUGGUUAUGUGAUAUAUGACCUUCUAUUUAGUGAUGUUACUAUUUAGUAAUUACUAAUGCUAACUGAAGAUCGUGCUAAAAUUUAGUAGUCCGACUCAAAUAUUAAAGCGUUAACUUGGCACUGCCUUUAAGUGGUAGUCACAAACUGGACUAAAUUCGUUUUUAUUUCAGGAGAAAAGUAAUGCCGAGGAAAAGGUGGCAAAGACAAAGGACACCACAGAGCCACCAUCUACCACGAGAGCUGAAGUGGUGGAUUUGAGCAAGGAGGAGGUAAAUAUUGUAACUCUACAUUUCAAAAAUUUGAAGUUUGAUUUUAAGUAUUUGCUUGGAUCAUGGUCUUCCUUGAAAAGCGUUUUUCUGUCAUAAGUGCAGUUCGUUAAAGCUGUUUUUAGUCAAUGAUUGCAGUCCAAGUAAAGAAGCGUUUUCACACUUUGUUAAUGAAUUGGAAUCAUCUCUUAUUUCAAAUUUUCCAUUUUUGCAUAAUAAGUGCAUGUACUGGAUUAUGGUAAGCCGAGCUGCUUUGCUGAUUUUACUUAACUUGAAAAUUUUAUAACCAUUAAGUUUUGUUCACUGAAAAACUUUGGAUUGCUUUCUUUCAGGAGAAAACUAACUCUAAUGCAUCAGCAAAGACCAAUGAUAGCUCCGCAAUGCCAUUAUCUGCACAGGCAAUUCUGUACUAACUAUUUUUAACAACUUGUAGUUAUGAAGGUUUGGCUUAUAAAAGAGAAUUUCAUCCAUGUGCAUUUAUAUUGGCUGUGUUGCAGCCGGCUCAUAGAAGGUUUAUGGUGUCUGUAACGCAGGCUACAUUUAUACCCUCACUCAAAAGAAGUAUAAUAUUUUGAUUCUGUUUUAAAAUAACUUCAUUUGUCCAGCAAAUUUGAACAGCAGUCGUUUGGCAAAUAUGCAAGCAUUUAGUUUUAAACGUCUGAAGUCAGUUGGUCUGAACGUCUAGAAGUAAGUUCCCCAACGCCUACAAUUUGUAGAUAUUUAAAGUAGGUUUUAGUGCAGGCAACUUUUGUUUUGCACUUCUAUUAACUACGUGAACGUCUUACAUGUACGCUUUAACUGAAAUGUUUGCAAAAUUUUGUUAUGAUCAUGUUUAAAUCGCGGUAACUGAAACUGAUACUCCAUUUUUUUAUUUUGUUCUUUAGAAAGAUCACUUUGCAGGAGACCGAUACAAAGAAUUCUUAAAGGAACAAAGAAAGAGGGAAGAAGACCUGGCAGCUAAACGUAAAAGUGCAACCAAGAAACUGAAUUUUCCUGAU